AUGGGCCUGAGUGCAUCUGGAAUAUUACCCCCUAUUGAUGUCUCAAAGGAAUAUCAGCGUUCUUUGGAUGAAUUUAUGAAGAAUCGGUCUGUAUCACAUCAUAAGACAGAUAAACGCUUUACACCCUAUUGGGCGGCUCAAGUCUAUGGCGGCGAAAGUGUUGCAAUGAGUUUGGCGAUCAAAUACGGAUUCACUUAUCUCGGUGAAAUUAUGCCAGGAAUAUACUAUUUCCGACAUCGGAGGGUAGCAAAGCGUUCUCUUCAUCAGAACGUUUUCCAUCAGAAGCAACUGUACUUUGACCCGAAUGUUCGAUGGGCGGAGCAACAAGUGGCGAAAGUUCGAGUUAAACGCGAUGUUUACCACCAACCUCCACCGAACGAUCCCAGCUGGCCUCGGAUGUGGUAUCUGGUAGGUUAUUCUGUAAUUUUCUUUUCCCUCACUACUCCUGUAGUAGCCCGAUUUUGCGCAAUGCAAGAAGCAUUUCUGUGGGCUAAAACCGAGAUCGUUGCCCAGAAUCGGGGCGGACCGGGCGGCAUCGACAUGAACGUCCGCUCUGUGUGGGCACGGGGCUACGCCGGCCAGGGUAUUGUGGUGACCAUUCUCGACGACGGACUCGAAACUGACCAUCCCGAUCUCAAACCUAACUAUGACAGGCACGCCUCGUUCGACGUCAACAGCAACGACGAGAAUCCUGACCCGCGUUAUGUGGAGCGCGAUUUUCGGAACAUCAACCAAGAGAAUGAGGCGAUAAUUCAAACUUCGAUUUCUGAAAGCCGCCACGGAACACGUUGUGCAGGAGAAGUGGCAGCGGCGGCAAACAACAGCAUAUGCGGGCUGGGCAUCGCCUUUAAAGCGCGCAUUGGUGGUGUGCGGAUGCUCGACGGCGAUGUGACCGACGCCAUGGAAUCGCGAUCGCUGGGCCAUAACUUCCAACACAUUGAUGUGUACUCUGCCAGCUGGGGACCCGAAGAUGAUGGACGCACUGUCGAUGGACCCGGCAAACUCGCGCGGAUCGCCUUUCGCAAUGGCAUCUUGAAGGGUCGGGGCGGCCUUGGCUCUAUAUUUGUGUGGGCGAGUGGGAAUGGCGGAAAGUACGACGACAAUUGCAAUUGCGACGGCUACACGAACAGCAUAUAUACGCUGGGGGUGAGCUCGGCCUCUGAGCAUGGGACGAUCCCGUGGUACGCAGAGACCUGUUCUUCCACCCUCGCUGUCACCUACAGUAGCGGUGGGCAGGGCGAAAAGGGUGUGGUGACGACUGACCUGAACCACACCUGUACGGAUAGCCACUCGGGCACGUCGGCGAGUGCGCCUCUGGCCGCGGGCAUCUGUGCACUCACGCUCUCGGCGAAUCCACGAUUGACGUGGCGCGACCUCCAAUACAUCGUCAUCCACUCCGCCCGACCCGACGGCCUCUACACCAACGACUGGCGUGUUAAUGGUGUCGGUCGACGCGUUUCACAUGCCUUUGGCUACGGGCUGAUGGAUGCUGCAGUGAUGGUGGAUCUGGCGCUCAACUGGACUACAGUUCCCACCCAGCGGAUCUGCGAAGUGCACGCUUCUCUUCCGCGUAGCCCGUUGAAGAUGCGUCACCAUACGACGGAGCAACUGCGACUAGAGACGGACGGGUGCCUCGUUAAUGAAGCCGGCGACCCUUCAAGGGGCGUUGCCUACCUGGAGCAUGUUCAAGCGAAAUUGAAGACAAAACGGGCCGCAAUCGUUGUGGUACCAUGCGCGGUAGUAGGCGGCAAGGGCGUGCUAUUUAACCUCAAUAGCCGGCGAACGUUUCGUGGGUUAGUCCAGACACCGUUAAUCAAGAGGGCAGGGUUUCUUAAUGGCCUCAUCUUCCUGACCCCCUUCCUCUCUUCCUCACACCCCAAGGUUACACUGACGAGUGACUGCCGGGGUGAGGUGGAGCUCUGGCUGACCUCACCAAUGGGAACAAAGAGCAAGUUGCUGAGUAAGCGACCCUUCGAUUUAGAUGUCGCCGGAUUCCACGCCUGGCCUUUCAUGUCUGUCCACUUCUGGGGUGAAACGGCCAACGGCACGUGGACCCUCACUGUCCACUCGGGUAACGCCGUCGUCUCUCUCAUCGGAUGGAGUCUCAGUUUAUAUGGAGUGAGCACAAAACCACCUCACCACCCUUCCCAUCAGCAGCCCGUGCUUCCCACGCGCGGCCCCCGGGAGCGCCAAAUCCAUCCUCUUGCCUCCAUGCUGGAUGAGCACGAUCCAGGUGUGCCACCGCCACCACCAGUCCCCUUUAGUCCCAAAACCUCCGUUAGUUUCUCACCGGAGGCCUACGCGGUAGGGCUGGGAGGUAAACCUCCGCCCCCUCCUCCUCCGUCGUUUCCCUUCGGCUCCGAUUUCCUCGACAUCUGGAAUGACCACAUCGUGGAUGUGGUUUUGGAGGGAGAAGGAGCGAUGGUUGGUGGUAGUGGUGGGUAUCAAGGCAAUGGAAAAUGGUACGACAGCCUCCACCAUGUCUAUCAGAUGCCACCGCCUAAGCCGAACACCAAGAACAACCUUGACGCCUCACAGACUUAUCACAGCGUCCAUUCUGGAGGCUAUGGGCUGGAACGGUUGAACUCGCCGCGCAAAUCGAAUAGCGGUGGUGGUGGCGGAUGGCAGCGCAUUGAACUUACCCGACAGUCGGCAGUGAAGUCGGUGAAGUCAUCGGCGGGCUGGUGGUUGAAAGAGGAGGGCAAUGGUUCGGCCACUAUCACUGUUCUCACGCUGAUGAAUUUUUUCAUUGCUAACCUUGAAGGAGUUGCCACUGCCUAG